CGGUCGGCGCGGCACGGGGAGGGGAAGAGAAGCGGAGAGCGGCAGGCAGCGGUCGCCGGCCCUGGCGGGCGGUUCUCCUUGUCCGUUGUGCCGCCGCCGCCGCCGCGGCGGCGAGUUCGCAGGCGCAUGGAGUGGUCUGGGACCUUACGCAGUGCCUUGCGGUGGUGCUUUCGGGGCGGCGAGAAGUCGGGGUCGUCCGAGGCGGCCGAGAAGACGCUGGAACCGGCUGAGGCAGUGCUGGAACUAUCCGAGGUGGAGCUGAAGAACCGUUUACGGUCCGGAGGCGGCGAAACCCACUGGUCGGGAGGCGGCAGCAGGCGGAGGUACCCUCCGCGCCGCGAGUAGGUGCGCAGCUGUCGCGACCGGAGCGGCAUCGCGACGGCCGGCUCGGGCCGGGCCCUAGCGAACAGAACGGCUGCUGCUGCCCGCCACCGUUCAAACGAAGUCUCGCGAUAGCUGGGCUAAGGAGCGGGAGGCGGGGAGGGCCCGCCCGGGCAGCGGCUGCGUCGCCAGGCGCCCCCCCGCGGUGUGCCGCCGCCACUGUGGGUGCUGCAGCCGGUGCCAGGUUAAAGAGGAGCUGCUGCCGGACCUCUGGGAGUGUUCCGCGACGCAGAGGCGGAGGGGAGCAGUGCUGCGCUGACUGGUGUCGGGAUGGGGGCACAGCAACGGAGCCUUGAGUUACAGAGCGCUCGGGACCUGCGGGACCGGUGCUUGCGCUGCUCACCCGCACCGACCGGGACGACGGCACGGUGGCGGCAGAACUGCCCUUAAGCAGCUCGCAGUAGUUCUUAAAAAGCAGAACUGUUCCGUUGGUCCCUGGAAAAAUCAUCUUCAGCAGAGAACUGUAUCUGGGCCUGGAAGAGGAGAAUCAUAAUGCUGAGGUGGGUGUUUAUUGUGAAGAAAAGCUAUCAGGAUACAGACACAUCUCUCCAGAGCUCUGUCAUCACCAAGCUGAAAGGGGUGGCCUUCACCAACACCUCGGAGCUGGGGGAAAGGCUGUGGGAUGUUGCAGACUACGUCAUCCCUCCACAGGGUGAAAAUGUCUUCUUUGUCAUGACGAAUCUGAUUGUGACCCCAAACCAGAGGCAAGCCACGUGUCCUGAGGUAGGAAGAACUGAGCCCCUUGGCUCCCAGACCCCUACAAAACUGGGGAGUGACAAUAUUCCUGAUGCCCUGUGUCAGCAGGACGAGGACUGCCCGGCCGGGGAAGCGGUGGUGGCUGGCAACGGGGUUAAGACUGGCCGUUGUUUGAAAGACAGGGACAGUAUCAGAGGGACUUGUGAGAUACUAGCCUGGUGCCCAGUGGAGAAAAGAUCCAAGCCCAAGACACCACUGCUUGCCAGCGCAGAGAACUUCACUGUCUACAUCAAGAACUCCAUCCGCUUCCCCAAGUUUAAGUUCUCCAAGGUGAAUGUGCUGGCAACCACCAACGAGUCCUACCUGAAGAGCUGCCGCUACAGCACAGAGCAUCCCUACUGCCCCAUCUUCCUCCUGGGCAACAUCGUCCGCUGGGCUGGCAGCGACUUCCAGGAAAUGGCCUUGGAGGGUGGUGUGAUAGGAAUUCAGAUUGAGUGGAACUGUGAUCUUGAUAAAGCCCCUUCUGAAUGUAAUCCUCACUAUUCUUUUAGCCGGCUGGAUAACAGGUUCUCAGAAAAGUCCAUCUCUUCUGGGUACAACUUCAGGUUUGCCAAAUAUUACCGUGAUGCUGAGGGGGUCGACUACAGGACACUCAUUAAAGCAUAUGGAAUCCGCUUUGAUGUGAUGGUGAAUGGCAAGGCAGGGAAGUUUAACAUCAUCCCCACCAUUAUCAACAUCGGCUCGGGGCUGGCUCUCAUGGGAGCGGGAGCUUUCUUUUGUGACCUGGUGCUGCUGUACCUGAGUAAAAAGAGUAAUUUCUAUCGAGGCAAGAAGUACGAGGAAGUGAGGUCCAGUACCAGCAAAUCGUUAUCCAGCCCCACACUGAAUGGUAACCAGAGCCCGGAGCAGCUCGGAGGGCUCUAGGCAUGGCAGCUGGUCUGCCAGCUCAACUCAUGAUCCAGGAAAACCACGCAGGUGGGAAAUCACACCAGGACUGGGAGGUGGAGGUACCCCAGAUCAGAUCUACUGUCUACUAUUGGGAUUUCCAGAGGAAAAAAGGCCCUUAAGGAAUGCCCUUCUUUCCCUGAGAUGUCCUCUGGUGCCCUGAGCUUGCAAGAGCAUGUCCUGGCUAUGGAUUUAUUGAAGGAAAAAGAAGGCACCAAGUGACUGGUUUGAUAGCUGUGGAUAGAUGUGUCUGUACCUGCAUUACCCUGUGGCUAUGCUUUGCUUCCACAUGUGGGAGAACAGUGAUGUGAACACUGCUGCCACUCUGAGGGCUGAGAUUCAACCUGUCUCCUGCUCUGCUGGCUUAUGGCCACCACCUCCAGCUCUUGUGUUCCAUGCAGAAAGAUGUCAAGCAGCAGGACUGCUCUUGUCAGGAAGUGUGAUGAAAUGCACCAUUUCAGCAGCUCUUGGAGCCUGGGGGAGAGGCUGCUUGUCCUACAAAGCCUGAGCUGGGCCUGUGUCACAGUGGGGGCAAUCACUCCUGUUGCAGUGUGUGUGUAACUGUUAGAGCUAGCAGCAGUGCUCCUCCAGGAACAGCAGAAGAUGGUCCUGGCACAUCUCUGAAUGGAGAAGCACUUGAGCCACGUGUGGAUCUCAGCUGCCUCACCUGCCACCCACCACCUCCACGAGUAGUUGGGCCAGAGGUUCAGCAUUUCAAAGCACAGAACAGGUAACAGCAGGCAGAGAGUUCCAAAGCAAGGCAGGGACAGAUGUUUGCAUGACUGGCAGAGGGGAAAGGGACUUAGUCCGGCACUGGGAGGAUCUGCACAGGAGUGGUCUUAAGCUCUCCCUCCUUUCCUCAGUGCCUGGUUUCAUUUGCUUGUUGUCCUUUCUGUGUCAUUGCUUAUGGUAGGAAGAGAUCUGGAUGGGAGACUAAAUGCUUCUGUUGGUUUUCAUAGUACCCUGAAUUGUACUGCAGACUGAAAAGGGUGAAACAGACUUUGCCAGUUCUUCCAAAUAGCCCAACAGGAGGGUUAUGUACGACAGAUGUCUGCCACUUCAGCACUCAGAUAACUUCCAAAGAACAGGAGUGCUUCUCAGAAGAGAAAGUAGUUUCACUGUUGCCUAUUUUGUAAAUGUAUGCUCAUGUGGGGCUAUAACUUACCUCUGAAAAGCACUCAUAAAGUUCUCAGUUGCUGGAGCUGAUGGGAACUGACUCACCAGUUCCUGAAGACAGUAGGUGAAUAUUCCUGCCUCAUUUAGAGCUUCCCUACCCUGGCUUAGUACCAGCUGCUCAGUGUUCUGUAAAUUCUGCCAUGUAGCCACCCAUCAGAGUCACCAUGACAAAGAGGCACACUCUGUGCACACUCUGAACAUCAAGAUUUAAAGGACUCCUGCUGUAGCAUACACACACACUGCCAGGACAGCAGUGGAGGAGUUGGCAUGGGAGAGUUGCUGUGCUAGUGUUACACAAAUGAAAAAACAAGCUGCACUCACCUCUGCCUUCACUCCUUUAAGGUGGUUAUGCUCAGGCACAGGCUGAUCCUAAAUUAAAUCAUCUUUGUUGGUAGUAGCAAACCCCAAAGCCAUGGCCAACAGCAAACCCCACCCACUCCAGUCCACUCCUGCUUCUGUUCAGAGGCAAGAAAUUGAGUCAAACACUCGUCUAGAAACCAGAAUAAUUGAGGGCAAGCCAUAGAAUUCUGCUGCUAUAAUCACAUCCAAAGCUGCCUCUCAUGCCAGAAGUCUCUCCUGGAAGCAAACAGAAGUUGAGGUGUGUGGAUACUUAACAGGCUGCGCUGGCCAGGCCCGCUGGAAUUGUGUGGCCCAUAGAACAGCAGAGGCUUUAGACUGUCAGAGCUUAGUUCUCUUGGAGUGGUUUCUAGAUGGUGGAACACAGAGUGAGCCACUCCCGUGCACCAUCAGGCUAAGGCACAACUCAUGGAGACCAAGAGGCUUAUCACAACAUGUAAAGCUGACCAGUGUUUCAGCUUGACAAAACACCAAUUUGUUAGGUGACCAAAGCAACUUCUAAAUUUAAGUCUUUGAGGGCUUCAGGCCCCCCAAGACCCUGGACUAUUUCCCUUCUUUAAUACAAUUACUUCCCUGUUUAACACAAUUGCCACAGCCACUGCUAUUGAUAAAACAUAGCCAUGUUCCUUCUCAGCAGUCUUUGAUUUUUGUUUUCUCUUUGUAUUUAAUGUACAGCAAUAAAAUCUGUCACUUUGGGGCAAGA